UGAAAUGUGAACGACGAGAGGAUACGAAUAAAUUUAGUACAGAACUAAAAAAACAAAGUAAUAAUAAACAUAAAUUGUAUACAAAAGUGGAAUGUUAUUGUUAACUAAUUGUAAAUAAACAAACGAAACAGAAAACAACAAAAGUUAAUGUAAAUAAAGUUAAAUUAACAAAAACGGAAAAUUAAAUAUAAAACCUAAAAUGCAGCCUACAACAAAAUAAAAAAAAUUAAACAACGACACAAAGAUUUAAUGCAGCGAUAGUGUUUAACAUGGCCAAAAUAUCCAUUAAAUGGUUAAUCUAUACAUUUUGCAUAUUACUGAUACAUCAGGCCGCCACAAUUAAAGCUAAUUUACAAGACGACAAUCAUAUUGACGAGGAUGUAGUUUGGGUGAAUAAAUGUUGUGAAAAAUUCGAAAUACGUAUAGAUUCCGUAUGCAGCCAGGUGAACGAUAGUGAAUACUUUCAACCCAUGUUUACCAGCUACAAUGGGGAACAUAAUAUGCCGGUAAAAUUUAAAUUUGUUAUUGGUCUACCCGCUUGUGGCUCAAUGCAAACUUGGCCCAUUUAUCAUUAUCAAGGGAGUGCCGAUAAACUGGUUUUAUUGGAUGAUGGUAAAUUGCGUCACUACACCAAUACCGCCGAUGAAGCAUCAGAUUCCAACGAUUAUGGCGAAGAAUUGGCUGAGGAAUCCAAACCCUAUUUUUAUGAUUAUGGACGUGAUCAAUAUUGUAUAGAUAGAGCCAUUUCCACGAACGGUGAUCAACGUCAAGUGUUAUUUGCAAAUAUUUGCUUAGCCAAGAAAGAAAUCAAAUGGACAGAUUCGAGUUUUUUGAUGCGCAAGAUAUUAAAUCCCAUAUUUCAUGUUAUAUCUAUAAUAAUAUUGUUGAUUAUAGCGAUAGUUUAUUUUAUAUUGCCGACUUUGAGAGACCUGGUGGGCAAUAUAAUUACAACAAUUGCCGUUUGUCUAAUGGUGGCCCAGGCGGCCGAUCUUGUGCGCAUUUUUACGGAAUUAUCAAAUCAUGUCAGUUUCAUUGUGGCCGAUAUUAUUCUAUACUUUAGCAUUUUGGCAGCCUUCUUCUGGCUCAAUAGUUUUGGUUAUUAUAUCUGGAAAACCUUUCGUUCACGCAAUGUCUUUCUCAGAGUAACAGAUGCCAGAAAAUAUUGUUAUUAUUCGGUUUAUGCUUGGGGUUCCACUGCCUUUAUGGCAGCCAUGGCCGUAUUUGCUCAUUUCUUUUUAGAUGCAGAUACCUAUAAAAAGGAAAAUGUGGUGGCUGAACAAGAGACCAUGGGUUGGUUGGGUAUAGCAAUAUUUUUUGCUCCGAUAGCUUGUACCAUAUUGGUGGAUAUUUUCUUCUAUGUGACCACCUUGAAGUUAAUAAAUAGACGUAAUGUUUAUGGUCGCAUACAGCAUAAAUUAAAAGCCAACUUUAUUAUGUUCUCUAUGAUGCUUUUGAUUAUGUCUAUCAGCUGGCUGUUUUUGUGUUUAUCUUGGUUAAAAUUCGAAGGUCUUCUGUAUGCCCACAUUAUAGUGAAUGCCAUACAAUCGCCUUUACUGCUGUACACCUGUGUUUUAAGACAGAAACAUGUUACAUUUCUGUUGAAAAAAUCAUGCUGCUACAAUGAGCCGCCUUCGUCAAAUGAUUGGGGCGAUGAAAUGCAUUAUAUGAAUUGCAAUGAUUAUUAGUUUUUAAGACAAAUGGAUGAACUGAUUUUAUUUUAAUAUUUAAUUUAAUUUUUUAUUUUACACUUUGAAUUUAUAUUGAAAAUAUAAUGGCAACUAAUCGUUAGUAUUAAGUUUAAAAAAGAAGAAGUACAACUCUAAUCAAUUCCAAUGCUCGCCCGCUGUUCUUUCUAUUUAGGAUUUCUUUUUAAUUUUGCAUGUAUUUUCGUAUAUGUAUAUGUGGAAAAUAUGUUUAAAUUUAGAAAAUAAUUUAUAUUUAAAGGGAAUUUUUAACAGACUCACCUAAACAUUAGGCAUUUAUUGUAUGAACAACAAAUUUAUCGAUUAAUUUAUACAUUGAAUGUAUAAUAAUCACUGAUUGAAUUUAAAAUGAUGAUAAUAAAAUAAAGUGUACUUAAUUGAUGUUAAGGUUUUAACACGAAAAAUAA